AUGGCUCAAGAUACAGUGUACAUCGGCACUGUGUCCCUUGGUGAUAAACUGGUGUCUGUACCCAAUGUUGUGAAGUACCUUGGCGCAAACCUGGCAUCUGUGCACAGCUCCGAGGAGGAUGAGUUUCUACAGGCGUUGGUCUUGGUCAAGACUGUUGGUUUCCCUCCUACCUGGAUUGGCGGAUUUUAUUCUGUUAAGGACAGGCGGUGGUUCUGGAGCGAUGGCUCCGACUUUGAUCACCAGAACUGGGCAAAAGGAAGGCCUGAUGCUGGUGCCAGAGAGGCCUGUAUUCAUAUCAACUUUGGAGGUCAAAAGCGCUGGAACAAUGCUUUAUGUGGAAGGAGCUUGCCCUCGGUGUGCUCCCUGAGACUCCUGCCGCUUCGCCAGACUAUACAUUAAAAGCAGCAAUGCUAUUCCGUAGUGUCUGCAUCCUUAAUACUUCAUGGUAAAGUCAAAUAUUGUUGCUGCUAAAUGAAGUUUCAGUUACUACACAAAUGUUGGAGUUGUCUGCAGCCAAUAAAAUGUGUACACUA